AAAAGAAAGAAACCCCAAAUCAACCUCAAAAGCCCAAAACCCAGAAAAAAAAAACAAUCAUUCAAGUGAAGCAGAAUCAUCAUCUUCGUUAGCGAUCAAUCAAUCUCUUAGUAGACUUUUUUUCCUUGGGUUUUUGUUUACUGGAAACCAAUUUUUUAAUAAGUGUUUCGAUCGGAAGAUUCUGAACCUUUUUCUUAUGGCGUUGUCGCAUCAGAUUCCCGUUUCCUCUCGAUGACCUUCUCUCCAUCUUCUUCCCCAUUGUUUUCUAGCGUUUUCUGAUAAUUUUUCUCAGAUGAGAAGUUCCAAGUCGCUUCUUCUCUACUUCUUCUUCUUCUUCUUCUUCUCCUUCAAUCUGAUUUCGAUAGAGUUUCAAGUAGUGGAAGCCGGAGCGUUUGUUGGAACCUAUGGUAUAAAUUAUGGAAGGAUUGCGGAUAACAUCCCGUCUCCGGAUAAAGUAGUCUUACUUCUAAAGCAAGCUAAAAUCCGGAAUGUGCGUCUAUACGAUGCAGAUCACACUGUCCUUGAAGCUUUCAGUGGGACUGGUUUAGAUCUUGUGGUUGGACUCCCCAAUGGGUUUCUCAAAGAGAUGAGUUCUAAUUCUGAUCAUGCUUUCACUUGGGUCAAAGAUAAUGUUCACUCUUUCCUACCCAAGACUCGUAUCCGUGGUAUCGCUAUUGGUAAUGAAGUUCUUGGUGGCGGUGAUUCCGAGCUUUCCGGAGCCUUACUUGGUGCUGCUAAAAACGUUUACAAUGCGUUGAAAAAAAUGAAUCUUGAGGAAACGGUGCAGAUCACCACAGCUCACUCUCAGGCUGUGUUUGCUGAUUCAUACCCGCCAUCGUCUUGUGUCUUUAAAGAGAACGUUGUUCAGUUCAUGAAGCCUCUUUUGGACUUCUUUCAUCAGAUUGGCUCUCCUUUUUGUUUAAACGCUUACCCUUUUUUGGCCUACACUUAUAAUCCCAAAGAGAUUGACAUCAACUAUGCUCUCUUCAAGCCAACGGAAGGCAUCUACGACCCCAAAACCAAUCUACAUUAUGACAACAUGCUUGAUGCUCAGAUCGAUGCCACCUACAUGGCCCUGCAAGAUGCUGGCUUUAACAAGAUGGAGGUAAUGAUCACUGAAACUGGGUGGGCUUCUAAAGGCGAUUCUGAUGAACCUGCAGCAACUCCGGAUAACGCAAGAACCUAUAACUAUAACCUCAGGAAGAGGCUUGCCAAGAAGAAAGGGACACCUCUUCGACCAAAAAUGGUGCUCAAAGCCUAUAUCUUUGCAUUGUUCAAUGAAAACUCAAAACCUGGAAAGAGUUCUGAAACACAUUUUGGACUUUUUAAACCUGAUGGAACCAUAUCAUAUGACAUUGGAUUCAACAGUCUAAAGUCUGAUGCUACCAAGUCACUCAUCUCGUCAUCCAAGGCAGCCCGUUACUAUGUGGCAUUGGUCAUCUCUGUCUGGAUUUUCCUCAUGAUAUAAGUGGAGAAAUGGUGUGAGAUUUGGUGCUAGGAUCCUCGGAUUUGUAAUACAUUAGUAGCAAUUAUUACUAGGUUUGAGAGGCUAACGAAAUGGUAGGAGCGCAAAAUUGGCUGGAAUUAUCAUCAUACAUGGUAUAACCCAUGGAUGUUCAGAAAAUUAUCAUUGGGCAAUCUCAUAUAUAUAUACAUCUUAUGUAAACAAAUUUAUACAUCAAUUUGGGUCUCUGGUUAGAUUUGUUGGAGUAUAUACUGAGGACAUCAACGGAUAUGGGGGAUUAAGAAUAUGUAUUGUGUU